AUGGCCGCCACGUGCGCGCGGAUGCUACACUUCUUGGCUAUUGUUCUCUUGUUUUGCACGCCGUCUUCCGCCAAUGACAUAUUGCAGUCACCAACACUCUACGACUGGGGCUUCUACGGCUUGUACCCAAAGGCCACGUUCAAGUCCUACGAGCUCGCUGCACCUCGCCUCAACUUUCUCAAGUGGGACGAGCAGUGCGACGAUGGCUACUACCUCAUGUCCCCCCGCGGGAGCAUUGUCUACUCGCCCGCCCCGGUGAUAAUGGACGGGCGAGGAAACUUGGUGUGGACUACCGAUGAUAGCUUUGGAAAGGGCCGAGGCAUUACGGACUUCAAGGUGCAGAUGUACCAUGGCAAGCCGCAUUUGACAUUCUGGGGCGGCGUUGACGGCGUGCAUCACCGCUAUGGAGCUGGAUGCUACUUUAUUCUGGAUGAGACUUACCAAGUGGUCAAGACCGUGGAGGCCGUUGAGACAAGGGGUCAUGGUUUACGAGGUGACUUGCAUGAGUUUCGCAUCACCGAGGAGAACACCGGCCUCAUGUCCAUUUACUACCCUCAGGCCCUUGAUCUUUCCCCAAUCGGUGGCCCUGUCGAUGGCUGGGUGCUUGAUAGCAUAUUCCAAGAAGUCGACCUGGAGACGGGCGAGUUGAUCUUCGAAUGGCGCGCUUCCGACCACAUCCCCAUCGAGCUGACCAUGCGCUCUUACGUCGGCGGUGAUCUUGGUAUCUACCCGAACAACGGCUUCGAUUACGUUCACCUUAACAGCGUUGACAAGGACCACCUUGGGAACUACAUCAUCUCCAACAGGCACACCCACACUGUGAUGUGCAUCAGUCCCGAGGGCGACACUUUAUGGAUACUUGGAGGCAAGAAGAAUAUGUUUGAGGACCUAUCCGACGGUCGUGCGACAGACUUCACGUGGCAGCACCACGCCAGGUGGUACGGCACCAACAGGCUGAGCCUCUUCGACAACGCCAAGUCGACAAACGGGGGAAACAAGUACAUCGGCGACCACAGCCGCGGGAUGAUGCUAGAGCUCGACACCGAGGCCAUGACAGUCAAAUUACUGCACGAUUAUUCAGACCCGGCAAGCCUGAAGCUCUCUGAGAGCCAGGGCUCGAUGCAGGUCCUCAACGACACUGGCAAGGUCCUCGUCGACUACGGCUUCUUCCCCGCCAUGACCGAAUUCUCCCCGGAGGGCGAAGUCCUCUGCGACGUCCGCAUCGCCCCCUGGCUCAUCUGGCAGACGGGCAUGGUCACGAGCUACCGCGGCUUCAAGACGACGCGCUGGGUCGGUCGGCCCUGGUACGCCCCUGCUGUGCUCUUGAACCCCUCAGAGGGCGUUCUGUACGUCAGCUGGAACGGCGCCACCGAGGUCGACAGCUGGGUCCUGCAGGGCGCGGAGUGGGCCGGCGCCCGCCGUGACGAGUACGUCGACCUCGACGUCCAGGAGAAGGACGGCUUCGAGGCCGGCUUUGAUAUGGUGAGCGACUACCCGCGGUACGUCCGCGUCGCGGCGUUGGAUCGCGAUGGUGAGGUUCUGAAGCACUCGGAUGUCCUGGACCGGUACGUGGGGAACGCUCCCUCCUCGUCGGGAGUGCUGCAUCAGCUCUUGGUCGCCGUGGGGGUGGUUCUCGGCGCCGUGCUCGUUGUGGCGGGGAUCUUCCGGAAGAAGCUGCGUAGCGCUUGGCUACGCCGGUUUCCUCAUGAGUCCGUGGUCUCGGUUGUCUGCGGCGUGGUGGAAGCCGUGAGAAGGCGGAGUGCCGAGUGGCGGGACGGCGGCAGGGACAAGUUGAGGUACAAGGAGUUGCAGUCUUAUGAAGAAUAG